AUGGUCUCCAACCCAAAUUCCAAUUUUGAUCUGUGCAACCACCUCAUUGUUGUUUGCUGUCAUGCCAUUUACACUGGAGGCUCACGUCUUGGAGCUUCAGAGGACGAAUGGUUAAGCAGGCUGAUUGAGCCCUUCCAAAAGGGAGAAACACCCACAUUCAUCGAUCAUGUCAAAGCCGGAUUGAAAGCUUUAGCGGAAGACUCCCAUGGGUUGCUUGUGUUUUCCGGAGGGCCUACCAAGAAGCCCAGAACUGAACUCAGCGAAGGUCAAUCUUACCUUAAUCUGGCCAGAGAUAACAACUACUUCCAAGACAUGUCCACUAUCUCCACAAUUGACCCAUCAAGAGUCAUCGCAGAAACCAACGCCACAGAUUCAUAUCAAAACCUAUUAUUCUCUCUGAUACGGUUCCAGGUAUACACGGGCGUUUAUCCACAGAGAGUCACAAUUGUGACGCAUGAGUUUAAACGCGCUCGAUUCAUGCAGUGCCACUUUCCAGCCGUGGGACUCGUACCUGUUAGCCCAGAACAAGAAGACUAUACGCAAAAAGUUGUUGUGAUAGGUAUAAAUCCACCAGAGGAAAUCACUCCAUCAGAGACCUUGACUCGAGGGGAGGCUAUGAACGGGAUUGGGCUGUGGAGAGAAGACCUUUACGGAGUGAACCCGGAUUUGGUAGGCAAAAGGGUAAGGCGAGGCUGGUCCCCUGGAAUGGAAAAUGAUAUAUUCUCCCAUCUGGAACCGGAAAAUGUGGUGUUGCAUCUAAUCCGUUAUGAUGGGGAUGAUCAUUGCAAUAGGUGGUUCCCGAAGCGAGAGAGUUUGCCUUGGUCUUAUACUAGAAAUGAAACAACCCAGGGGCCUUGA